UCGCUCGGGCACCUUCCCCCAGUGAGGUCCGCGGGAGCUCGGCCGGGGCUCGGCGGCUCGCCCGCCCAGGCCGCUCCGCCCGCCUCCGCCGCUCGGCCGGGCGCGCGCCGCGCCCCCGCGGCUGGUCCCCGCGCGUGCGCGCUCCGCCGAGUGUAUGUGUGUGAGUGUGUGUGCGGCCGAGGGGUGGUCCGCCGCCGCCGCCGACGAUGCCGCGGGGCCGCCCCCCGAAGCCCAAGGAGAGCAAGGCGCGCGGCGACACCGAUGGAGUUUUAACAUUGAAUGCGGAGAACACUAAUUAUGCCUGUCAAGUUCCAAACUUCCAUAAAUGUGAAAUCUGUCUGCUAUCUUUUCCAAAAGAGUCCCAGUUUCAACGCCACAUGAGGGAUCACGAGCGAAAUGACAAGCCACAUCGCUGUGACCAGUGCCCCCAAACAUUUAAUGUUGAAUUCAACCUGACACUUCAUAAAUGCACCCACAAUGGGGAAGAUCCUACCUGUCCUGUGUGUAACAAGAAAUUCUCCAGAGUGGCUAGUCUCAAAGCGCAUAUUAUGCUGCAUGAAAAGGAAGAGAACCUCAUCUGCUCUGAGUGUGGGGAUGAGUUCACUCUGCAGAGCCAGUUGGCCAUACACAUGGAGGAACACCGCCAAGAGCUGGCUGGGAACCGGAUUCAUGCCUGUAAGGCUUGCAGGAAGGAGUUUGAGACCUCAUCACAGCUGAAGGAGCACAUGAAGACUCAUUAUAAAAUUAGGGUAUCAAGUACAAGGUCUUAUAAUCGGAACAUCGACAGGAGUGGAUUCACUUAUUCAUGCCCACACUGUGGAAAGACGUUUCAAAAGCCAAGUCAGUUAACUCGGCAUAUUAGGAUACACACAGGUGAAAGGCCAUUUAAAUGUAGUGAAUGUGGAAAAGCUUUUAACCAGAAAGGGGCAUUGCAAACUCACAUGAUUAAGCAUACAGGUGAAAAACCCCAUGCCUGUGCCUUUUGUCCUGCUGCCUUCUCUCAAAAAGGGAAUCUCCAGUCACAUGUGCAGAGAGUUCACUCAGAGGUCAAGAAUGGCCCUACCUAUAACUGUACAGAAUGUAGUUGUGUAUUUAAAAGUUUAGGUAGCUUAAACACUCACAUCAGCAAGAUGCAUAUGGGUGGGCCACAGAAUUCAGCAAGCUCUGCAGAGACGGCUCAUGUUUUAACGGCCACACUGUUUCAGACUUUACCUCUUCAACAGACAGAAGCCCAAGUCACCUCAGCUUCGAGUCAGCAGAAUUCGCAGGCAGUGACCGAUGUCAUCCAGCAGCUCCUGGAGCUCUCAGAGCCGGGGCCGGUGGAGUCCAGCCAGCCCCCUCAGCCUGGCCAGCAACUGAGCAUCACGGUGGGGAUCAACCAGGACAUUUUACAGCAAGCCUUAGAAAACAGUGGGCUGUCUUCAAUUCCAGUUGCAGCACAUCCUAACGACUCCAGCCACACCAAGACUUCCGCAGCACAUGUUCAAAAUCCAGACGUGCCCAACGUUUCAAGUGAGCAGACUGACCCUACAGAUGCAGAGCAAGAAAAAGAACAGGAAAGCUCAGAGAAGUUGGAUAAAAAAGAAAAGAAAAUUAUAAAGAAGAAAUCACCAUUUCUCCCUGGUUCAAUCCGCGAGGAGAAUGGCGUUCGGUGGCACGUGUGUCCCUACUGCACCAAGGAGUUCCGGAAGCCCAGCGAUCUGGUGCGCCACAUCCGCAUCCACACCCACGAGAAGCCCUUCAAGUGUCCGCAGUGUUUCCGGGCCUUUGCCGUGAAGAGCACGCUGACCGCCCACAUCAAAACGCACACGGGCAUCAAGGCGUUCAAGUGCCAGUACUGCAUGAAGAGCUUCUCCACCUCCGGGAGCCUCAAAGUGCACAUCCGCCUGCACACAGGAGUCAGACCUUUUGCUUGUCCUCACUGUGACAAAAAAUUUCGAACCUCAGGCCAUAGGAAGACUCACAUUGCUUCCCACUUUAAACACACGGAGCUAAGGAAGAUGAGGCACCAGCGAAAACCUGCAAAGGUUCGUGUCGGCAAGGCGAACGUUCCAGUCCCUGAUAUUCCUUUGCAAGAGCCAAUUCUCAUAACUGACGUAGGUCUUAUCCAGCCUAUUCCAAGAAACCAGUUUUUUCAAAGUUAUUUUAAUAAUAAUUUUGUAAAUGAAGCAGAUAGACCAUACAAGUGUUUUUAUUGUCAUCGUGCAUAUAAAAAAUCUUGCCACCUUAAACAACACAUCAGAUCACAUACAGGUGAAAAGCCUUUUAAGUGUUCUCAGUGUGGAAGAGGCUUUGUUUCUGCAGGAGUGCUCAAAGCACACGUCCGAACGCACACUGGACUCAAGUCUUUCAAGUGUCUGAUAUGUAACGGAGCUUUCACUACUGGUGGUAGCUUACGGCGACAUAUGGGUAUUCACAAUGACCUUCGUCCCUAUAUGUGUCCCUAUUGCCAGAAAACAUUUAAGACCUCACUAAAUUGCAAAAAGCACAUGAAAACCCAUAGAUAUGAACUUGCCCAGCAGCUCCAACAGCAUCAACAAGCCGCCUCAAUAGAUGACAGUACCGUGGACCAGCAGAGCAUCCACGUCUCCACUCAGAUGCAAGUGGAGAUUGAGAGCGAUGAGCUGCAGCAGACUGCUGAGGCGGUCGCAGCAAACCCCGAAGCCAUGCUAGACCUGGAGCCACAGCAUGUGGUAGGCGCAGAAGAAACAGGACUUGGUCAGCAGUUGACAGAUCAACCUUUGGAAGCAGAUGAAGAUAGGUUUGUGGCUCCGCAGCACGCUCUGCAAGGGCCCAUGGACCAGUUUGAAGAGCAGGCUCCUCCGCAGCAAUCCUUCGAGCCGGCUGGCUUAUCCCAGGGUUUUACAGUGACUGAUACGUACAAUCAGCAGACUCAGUUUCCACCUGUCCAGCAGUUACAAGAUUCCAGUACACUAGAAUCUCAGGCCCUCUCCACGAGUUUCCACCAGCAGAACUUACUUCAGGUUCCUAGCUCUGACACGAUUAAUGUAACAACUCGUUUGAUUCAAGAGUCAUCCCAAGAGGAGCUGGACCUGCAGACUCAACGUCCCCAGUUCCUAGAGGACAGCGAGGACCAGAGCCGGCGCUCUUACAGAUGUGACUACUGCAACAAAGGCUUUAAGAAGUCCAGCCACUUGAAGCAGCACGUGCGAUCCCACACUGGGGAGAAGCCCUACAAGUGCAAGCUCUGUGGGCGUGGCUUCGUUUCCUCCGGGGUCCUCAAGUCCCACGAGAAGACGCACACAGGAGUAAAGGCGUUCAGCUGCAGCGUCUGCAAUGCUUCGUUCACGACCAACGGCAGCCUCACCAGGCACAUGGCCACACACAUGAGCAUGAAGCCUUACAAAUGUCCGUUUUGUGAGCAGGGCUUCCGAACCACAGUUCACUGUAAAAAGCACAUGAAGAGGCACCAGACUGCCCCCUCUGCUGUGUCGGCAACUGGAGAGGCAGAAGGAGGAGAUAUGUGUAUGGAGGAAGAGGAAGACAAUUCUGAAAGAAAUACGUCUAGAAAGGCUCGUCCCGAGGUCAUCACUUUCACAGAGGAGGAGACAGCACAAUUAGCCAAAAUUCGGCCUCAGGAAAGCGCCACUGUCUCCGAGCAGGUCCUCGUGCAGUCGGCCGCAGAGAAGGACCGCAUCAGCGAGAUGAAAGACAGGCAGGCGGAGCUCGAGGCCGAGCCCAAGUACGCCAACUGCUGUUCUUACUGCCCCAAGAGCUUUAAAAAGCCCAGUGAUUUAGUAAGGCAUGUUCGAAUCCAUACUGGAGAAAAGCCAUAUAAAUGUGAUGAAUGUGGGAAGAGUUUUACUGUUAAAUCUACUUUAGAUUGCCAUGUGAAGACUCACACAGGUCAGAAACUCUUCAGUUGUCACGUCUGCAGCAACGCUUUUUCUACAAAGGGAAGUCUGAAAGUCCACAUGCGUUUGCACACAGGAGCAAAGCCUUUCAAAUGUCCCCAUUGUGAGUUACGUUUCCGUACAUCUGGGCGAAGGAAGACUCACAUGCAGUUUCAUUAUAAACCAGACCCAAAGAAAGCCAGAAAACCUGUGACCCGAAGUUCAUCAGAAGGACUCCAGCCCAUCAACCUCCUCAAUCCGUCCUCUGAUCCUAAUGUGUUUAUCAUGAACAACUCUGUUCUAACAGGACAGUUUGAUCAGAAUUUACUUCAGCAAGGACUAGUGGGUCAGGCGGUCCUUCCAGCCUCUAUGUCAGCUGGUGGUGACUGGACAGUGUCUUUGACGGACGGGAGCUUGGCCACCCUAGAAGGAAUACAGUUACAGCUGGCUGCUAACCUGGUUGGGCCAAAUGUUCAAAUUUCUGGAAUUGAUGCCUCCAGCAUUAAUAAUAUCACAUUACAGAUUGAUCCAAGCAUUUUGCAGCAAACAUUACAGCAGAGCAACUUGCUUGCUCAGCAGCUGACAGGGGAGCCUGGCCUCGCCCCACAAAGUAGCUCUCUUCAGACACCGGACAGUACAGUCCCAGCCAGUGUGGUCAUCCAGCCCAUCUCAGGCCUGUCCUUACAGCCCACGGUGACAUCUGCCAAUCUGACCAUAGGCCCGCUGUCCGAGCAGGAUUCCGUGUUGACCACUAACAGCAGUGGGACUCCAGACCUCUCUCAGGUGAUGACAUCUCAAGGCCUGGUGUCCACCUCCAGUGGCCCCCACGAGAUCACCCUGACCAUUAACAACUCAAGUCUGAGCCAGGUCUUGGCGCAGGCUGCUGGACCCACUGCCGCGUCAUCCUCGGGGUCUCCACAGGAAAUCACCCUGACUAUCUCUGGUCAAGACCUUAUUCAGCACAAUUCUAAUGGAAGUAGUGAACUAAAUGGAAGCAUAAGAUUGUCAGCACCUGCGAUCAAUAAUCAGUCUACAGGUGCCACCCUAACAAUAAGCAGUGAUCAACUUCUCUCACAGAGUGCAACAUUAAACUCUUCAGAACUUAAUACUACAACUGGAAGCCUUCCUUCAACAACACCAAUGUCUCCAUCUGGCAUAUCUGCUCAGAACCUGGUCAUGUCUUCAUCAGGAGUGGGAGGAGAUGCCAGUGUCACACUGACUCUGGCUGAUACUCAGGGUUUGCUGUCCGGAGGACUGGACACGGUCACACUCAACAUCGCUUCUCAGGGCCAGCAGUUCCCUGCCUUACUCACGGACCCCUCCCUCUCGGGCCCAGCAGGAGCAGGCUCUCCGCAGGUCAUCCUGGUGAGCCACACCCCACAGCCCUCCUCUGCUGCUUGUGAGGAAAUCACCUACCAGGUAACUGACGUCUCUGCCAACCUGGCCCAGGGCGGCCAGCCCGCGAAGGAGGGCCGGCUGCACCAGUGCUUGGAGUGUGGCCGCACCUGCGCAUCGGCCGCGAUGCUGCUGCAUCACAGCAAGGAGGUGCAUGGCAGGGAGCGCAUCCACGUCUGCCCCGUGUGCAGGAAGGCCUUUAAGCGCGCCACUCACCUCAAGGAGCAUAUGCAGACACAUCAAGCCGGUCCUUCUUUAAGCUCUCAGAAGCCGAGAGUGUUUAAAUGUGACACUUGUGAAAAGGCUUUUGCCAAACCCAGCCAGCUGGAACGACACAGCCGCAUCCACACAGGGGAGCGGCCAUUCCGUUGCAGUCUCUGUGAGAAGGCCUUUAAUCAGAAGAGUGCUCUACAGGUGCACAUGAAGAAGCACACCGGGGAGAGGCCCUACAAGUGCGACUACUGUGUCAUGGGCUUCACCCAGAAGAGCAACAUGAAGCUCCACAUGAAGAGGGCCCAUAGCUACACUGGAACUUUGCAGGAAUCCGCUGGCCACCAGGAGCAUGGCGGGGAGGAGCUGAGCCGGACCCUCCACCUGGAAGAAGUGGUGCAAGAGGCCGCAAGCGAGUGGCAGGCCCUGGCCAAUGUGUUCUGACACAGCCUGACGUCUCUUAAGAGCGUUUCUGAAGUUAAAUGUUGUGAAGAACAAAGCACUUGGAAUUUCGGUUUUGAAGCUUCAAGUGUUAACAAUGUUACCACAAUAGUUUUUUAGCUAUAAAAUUAUCUAAAGAAUCAUUGUCUUUCAGAGACUUAGAAAAAAACUGGGGAAAAUGUAGACGCGUUGUUCUCAUUUGUCUACAGAUCGCUGAACUCAGGUACUACAAUAGCAGUCUCACCUUCCAUUCCGUGGCCAGUGUAUCUAGUUAAAAAAGAAGUUAACUGGAUCUUACUAUCAUUGUCGUGUGAUUUCUUUGUAUUAGCAAAGACAAAAGUUAACAUGGAAAAAGUAAGAUAGAUUUUCCUCCGUGCUCUCUGUUAUAAGAAGCAUAGAUUAUAAAACACACAUAAGAUAGGUGCAUGAAGUUCAGAAAAAUUGUUAGAACACAGGGAAGUUUUGUCCACUUUUUUCUCUGUGCAUUUUGAAAUUAGUAGAAAUUGACUCUUUUUAGUCCACCAUAAGUUAAUAUAACUAAUACCUUGAGAGAUGGCUGGACCAAUUCUCUCUCCAUUACAAAUGUCUAAUCAUUAGUUACAAGAAUGCAGUGUCUGGGGCCUAAACAUGGGGAGCAGAGUAAACCUGACACACAAAUGAGGGUUACCUGUCUGCACGGGGGGACGCCACACGUCUCCCCAAAUCGAUGUUCAGGUACAUGGGUUAGAUUAUUGCAGAAAGCACAAGCCAUACAUCGCCAACAGGAAAUCACAGAAUUGUUUCCUAGGAACCAAGUAAGCUCGGCCCUGUCUUCCUUGAUAAUUAAGAAGUGCGUUUGUAGUUUGAGGAUAAGAACCCAUACAAGCCCCGGAUUUCCUCUUCAUGCAUAAGCAGGUGUGUUUUUUAUUUCAGGGAAUUCUUUAGUGUCAUCAAUGGUGCCACAUUGUACAUGUCCCAAACCAAAUCCCCGCCCGUGCCGGGGCAGAGUGCACGGCGUUCCUACAGCAUUCCAAAGACGGAAAGUUCUUUACUUCAUGUGAAUUUCUCCUUUGAAAUUAUUUAUAUGUUCUAUAUAUAAAUACAUAUGUACAUAUACAGAUAUAUGGGCCUCUGUGUGGCUGAACAGUAUAUUUUGUAAAUAUAAGCACUAGUUCCAAUUACAAAGAGAGCAUCAAAGUUUUUACCUCCCUACGAGCACUUCAGAUCAGUAUUGUAUUCAUUUUAUUAAUAAAUGGAUAUCUUUUUCAUUGUAAUAUAAAGCUGGGGUGGUUUUUUGUUUUUCCUGAGAAAUAAUUGCCUUUAUUUUCUCUCAUUGUCUCCCUGGUUUCAGAAGAGAGCAGUUUUAUUAUAAAUAUUGUAUGGACUUUGUAUAUUAAGAGAGGAGCUCAUUUCGAUUCCUGACGAAAGAGACAUUUCACUGUUAUUUUUUGAAAGGGCAUCUUUUGAUUUUUUGUUGUUCACUUUUGGCAUAUGUAUAUAAGUAAUACUGAUGGUGAUAUAAAAGCUUUUGUUAUGUGAAAAUAUUUAAGUCAGAAAGCUGUUAAAUAAUAUUACUCUUUUUUUUCAAACUGCUUUGUGUAUUGUAUAUUUUUUUAAGGAAAAAAAGCCUUAUUUGACUUAUUCUUGUGAUGCUGGACUUAUUAUAUACCCUGAGGUUUUCCUUGAAUGUCAGUGUGUAUACCUGGCUGUAGUCAGUAUAUUCAGAAUAAUUGUAAUUGUGCCAGAGUUUUAAAAGUUCUGCUUUUAAUGCACUUUCUUUUAUAAUUUUGUAUUAAAAUAUUUUAGAAAUGU